GGGAGAAAUAAGCUGACCAAAGAAUUUUCCUCUUCUUUUUCUUUAUUUCUCUUCUCAGCUCACUGACCCAACUGCAGCUGCAAACGCAACAAGUACUAUUGCACAAUGUUUGGGCCUCUCCUGCUUGCCUGUCUGUUUCUACAUCUGGUUGUCUCUGUACCUCCACCGCCCUGCCGUCGAUGCUGUGAGCACCUCCCAGCACCAGAGGACGCUGCGACCCUCAGAGAACGCAUGCCUGCGAUGCCCGAGGUCCGCACAUACAUCAACAUGACCAUUCUCAAAGGUGACAAAGGUGACCGUGGAGAAAGAGGGACACCUGGGAAGUCUGGGAUUGAGGGUUCACCAGGACCACGGGGGUCUGGAGGCCCCAAAGGAGAUAAGGGACAAGCCGGAGCUCCAGGAGACGCCUGCAAGUCCCAGCAUUCUGCUUUCUCAGUGGGCCGACGGAAGUCCCUUCACAGCAUUGACAACUACCAGGCCCUGAUCUUUGACACUAUCUUUGUGAACUCCCCCGAACACUUUGACAUGUUUGCCGGGAAAUACCGUUGCCAAAUCCCAGGAAUCUACUUCUUCAAUGUGAACAUCCACACGUGGAACUUCAAGGAGACGUACCUGCACAUCAUGCAGAAUAACAGCGAGAAGGCCAUCGUCUACGCUCAGCCCAGCGACCGCUCCAUCAUGCAGAGCCAGAGCCUCAUGCUACCUCUGCAGGCAGGCGACAAUGUCUGGGUGCGUCUCUACAAACGUGAGCGCGAGAACGCCAUCUACAGCGAUGAUGUGGACAUUUACAUCACCUUUAACGGAUACCUCGUCAAACCAGAAACAGAGUGAGACCAGUAAUGGAGACGGGACAUGAAGUUUGAAAAUGUGUCAAAAUGCUUGAUUAGUGGAGCAGCUUUAACAAAACUGAAAAGCAUCCAAACAUUUCAUAUUAGAUUUCUGCAGUCCAAAAAAAAAAAAUCCUAAUGCAGAAUCCUAAUCCUAACGCAAAAAAAAGUUUCCCAGCAAAUGCCUUCUAUAGACUGCGAUUUGUUGUGUGAUAUUCAUGAUGAAACCUAUUGAAUUGUAGGCUGUGACUCAAGUUAAGUUAAAAGUCAAGAUAAAUCUUGCGUUUGAGACAAAACCCAUUCAAACACUUUCAAUAUACAUUGAAAACUUGCGAUACACAUUGAAACUUGCGCAUACAUGUGAAUCACUUGAGCAUACAUGUGAGACACUCAUGCUUACAUGUUAGACACUUAUGCUUACAUGUGAGACACUUGCGCUUACAUGUGAGACACUUGCGCAUACAUGUGAAUAAUUUGCGCAUACAUGUGAGACACUUGCGCUUACAUUUGAGACACUUGCGCAUACAUGUGAGACACUUGCGCUUACAUUUGAGACACUUGCGCAUACAUGUGAGACACUUGCGCUUAGAUGUGAGACACUUGCGCUUACAUGUGAGACGCUUGUGCUUACAUGUGAGACACUUGCGCAUACAUGUGAGACGCUUGCACUUACAUGUGAGACACUUGCGCUUACAUGUUAGAAACUUGCGCAUACAUGUGAAUAACUUGUGCAUACAUGUGAAUAACUUGCGCAUACAGGUGAGACACUUGCGCAUACAUGUGAGACACCUGCGCUUACAUGUGAGACACUUGCGCUUACAUGUGAGACACUUACACAUACAUGUGAAUAACUUGCGCAAACAUGUGAAUAACUUGCGCAUACAGGUAAGACACUUGCGCAUACAUGUGAGACACUUGCGCAUACAUGUGAGACACUUGCGCAUACAUGUGAGACACUUGUGCAUACAUGUGAAUCACUUGCGCAUACAUGUGAGACACCUGCGCUUACAUGUGAGACACUUGCGCUUACAUGUGAGACACUUACACAUACAUGUAAAUAACUUGCGCAAACAUGUGAAUAACUUGCGCAUACAGGUAAGACACUUGCGCAUACAUGUGAGACACUUGCGCAUACAUAUGAGACACUUGUGCAUACAUGUGAAUCACUUGCGCAUACAUGUGAGACACUUGCGCUUACAUGUGAGACACUUGCGCAUACAUGUGAAUCACUUGUGCAUACAUGUGAAUCACUUGUGCAUACAUGUUAGACACUUGUACAUACAUGUGAAUCACUUGCGCUUACAUGUGAGACACUUGCGCAUACAUGUGAAUCACUUGCGCAUACAUGUGAAUCACUUGCACAUACAUGUGAAUAACUUGCGCAUACAGGUGAGACACUUGCGCAUACAGGUGAGACACCUGCGCUUACAUGUGAGACACUUGCGCUUACAUGUGAGACACUUGCGCAUACAGGUAAGACACUUGCGCAUACA